GCGAGUUAAACUAAGCAUACUUGGUUUAGGAUAAUCCCGGAUUAGGGGACCCAACACCGUCUCUCAGCUCCAACACUAACGAGCAACCCGGUUACCAUAACAACCAGGUGGGACAGGAAGGCGGACACCAGCAUCCGGCCUCCACCUGGACCCCAACUCACCUGCGGACCUCCAGCAGCGAGCAAACAGGUAGACGAGAGGCGGGAAGGACCGGAGCCGGAGAUCCGUUGUCCUUCCGUUUGCGCACGUGCCGCUCAGAACCCAACUGUCACAUAAAUCCCGCGCGCCGAUUUGUGUCGUUACAACUCAGGUGUAAACACGAAGCACGCUGCGCUACAGGUAAGGCUAUGUUUGGGGCGUGACUGAGAAAGGAAACACUCCUUUGCUUUUUGUCAUGACGCUGACAGCAGAAGGGAAACGCCAGCAGCCAGACUGAGAACAUUUUUAGUGUCACAUCAGAGAGAAAGCAGCAGAAAAUCUGUCGUUGAAGAGCAGCUGAGCGAGGCGAGAAGAUUACAAGCAUCAUGAAGCAAGUCGUCAACCACCUGCUGAUGUUCUCGCUCCAGAACGGGGAUGUCAAAAGCGUAGAGGAGGCGCAGGCGCGUUUCUCCCUCCUGGCGGAGAACAACAAGCUGUGGAGUCAGAAGAUUUUACUGGACAUCGGCAGUGAUUCCCUUUUUCUGCGAGACGUCCUGAGUCAGGACGAGGUGGAUCGCUACUCUCUCAAAGACGUCCACCGCUGUGACACCAUCUACACGGAGAAACACUUCCCACACCUGCUGCUGUUGGUCUGCCAGUACCCACACCAGCAGAAACCAGACAUCCACUUCUUCAGCUGUGAGCCCAUGCAGGCGGAGCAAAUAUGUGCAGCCAUUAAAGACGCAGUUUCGGAUACGUCCAGCGGCAGCAGGAGGACACCUGAUGCCCAGAGGCCUCAGAGCAAAGAGAUGUACGACUCCUACGAUAUACCAUCCCCCCCCUUCCCCUACGCUCCGAACCCCCCGCCGGUCAACCCUCCUCCUUAUCCUGGGCUAAAAGCAAACGGACCAAACAGCGGACCUGACAUCACUUUCCUGCGGGCAGAGAGAGAAGUGGGUAUCCUCAAUCACUGCUUCGAAGACAUCGAGACCUUCAUGGGGAAGCUGCAGCAGACCGCCGAGGCGACAACAGUCCUGAACCAGAGGAAGAAGAAGAAGAAGAAAAGCAAAAAGCAAAGUGCUGAAGAUGAAUUACUGGCAGAAAAGGCCCGUCCACCACCAGAAGGGGAAUUCAUCGAUAUCUUCCAGAAGUUCAAAUACUGUUUCUGCCUCCUGGCUCGUCUGAAAUCAACCAUCGCCAGUCCGUCCUCAGAGGAGCUCGUGCACCACGUGUUCAAACCGCUGGAUAUGAUGGUAAAGACGACCGGGGGUCCGACGUUCGGAGCGUCGGUGUCCAGCCCCGCCAUGACCAGCUCGGCGGUGUCCCUGCUGCAGACCACCCUGAACGAGCAGGAGAAGGAGCUGUGGACGUCUCUGGGUCCCAACUGGACGCUCCAUCGCUCUCAGCUCAGAGGACCCGUCGCUCCCUACACCCCCGUGUUCUUGGAUGGCUGGAAGCCAGAAGCCAUGAGGGCGGACGGGCAGGUUUGGGAGGAUCCGGUCGAGUCACAGCACAAACAUGAGGCCCACCGAGUAAAACAGGAGCAGCUGCACCAGCAGCAGCAGCCUGCUCCUCCAGAGAUCAGCAUCAACAAAGAGGAAGGACCUCCGGGUGAGAGACUCUACCUGUGCAGCUACGAGUUCAUCGCCAGGAACAGCAGCGAGCUUUCGGUGCAGCAGGGAGAGACUCUCGAGGUGAUCGAGUCAUCCAAGCGAUGGUGGAAGUGUCGUAAUCGGUACAACCAGGUGGGCUUCGUCCCCUUCAACAUCCUGGAGCCCAUGGAUCACAUGGACAGCCCCGUAACCAGCAAACCCCCCAGUGCUCCAGCCCCGCCUCCUCUCAACAAAUCCCUCACCCCGGUCCCGCCGAGCCCCCCUUCUCUGCUCCAGACGCCCUCCCACUCUCCUCAGCGCCACCGCAGCUCACCAACCCAGCAUCUGCCGGCCGGAGACGACGCAGAUAAAGUCAUGCUGGUGAACGACGAGCUGCUGCAGCGGCUGACCAACGGCAAGGCCAGCCUCAACAAGCCUCUGGUCAUCCACCGCUCUGCAGAGACCUCAGCUCCCCUGGACUACCACUCUCCUCCAGAGGAGGUGGCCGAGUGGCUCCGAGGGAAGGGCUUCAGUGAACCGACGGUCCAGUGCUUGAGCGUGCUGACAGGAGCGCAGCUCUUCUCGCUGAAGAAGGAGGAGCUGCGAGACGUGCUUCCAGACGAGGGGGUGAGGGUUUACAGCCAGCUCACCGUGCAGAAGGCCCAGCUGGAGGACGCCAGGAGGGCCACAGAGCUGGAGGCAGUCAUGGAGAAGCAGAAGAUGAAGGUUGACCUGAAGAUGGAGAGCAGCACGUUGUGAGCUGCGGCGUGAAGACGCUCGGGUGGAUUCUACUCACCGCCACCCUGAUGUAGCCGUUGUUGUGCUCGUUAGGAGCAUUCUGUGGUUUUAUGGAUGUUAUGUGUUUUGUGCAAAAUAAAUAUUUAAGCAACCUUGA